AUGGAAAGUGUAGAAUCUAUUAUCAAAAAGCUAGAGGAUUUAAACGAUAUUUGUGCUCGUCGUGAAUGUAAAGAUGUUGUGCUGUGGAAUUCACUGAAUAGGAUCCUCCAUCAAACGACACAGUCGAUGUUUCAGCUCGUCGAACAGACACCGAAGUUUAGCAGAAGGGACGUAUACUCACGACAUUCGCCUUUUUUUAACAAGUGGGAUAAGAGUGAAUCGUUCCGCAUAUUGCCUCCUAUUCCAUCGAAAAGCGAACAGUUGUGUCUAGGGCAGGAGGAGGAUGGUGGAUCGAACAAGUGGGCUGUGGCAGACCUUCCUUUGCUGGAGCAGCUCAAUAAUUUGAGGCGGUUAGUAAACGAUUCUAGAUGUCGCAACGAGAAUCAGAGCAGAGCAGAGUUCGCCUCCGAUGAAAAGAAGGAGUAG